AUGGCAGAAGAUUUGGAGUUCUUGUAUGGAAAGAUGUCUCUAAUAGAGACUGAAAAGGAAGUCGUUGCGGUUGAUGAUGAAAUAGUACAAGAGAAUCUUGUGCGUGGAAAGAAAUGUUUGAUAGUGCAACUUCUCACUACCAAACAUUAUAACAAGGAGGCUUUCAAGCAGGUGUUGAGGAAGAUUUGGCGUCCUCUUCAGCCUUUGCGUUUGCAGUCGUUAGGGACCAAAUUUCUCAUUGCAGAGUUCGAGGAUGUCAAAGAUCAGGAGAGGAUUUUGCGUGAUGGUCCUUGGUCUUUUGAUAAGCAACUUGUUCUUCUUAAGAAAUUUGAUGGUUUGCUUCAAACUCAUCAAAUCACUCUCACAAAAGCGUUUUUCUGGGUACGUAUUCAUGAUCUUCCACUCAUGGCACGUAGUCAGAGUAUUGGAUUUAAAAUUGGGGCUUCUUUGGGAAAAGUCUUGGAGGUGGAUUUGCUUGAUGGGGAGUGUGAAUGGGGGGAGUUCAUGAGGGUUCGAAUUUGUAUUGAUGUCUCAAAGCCACUACUACGGGGGAAGCAAGUCAGUCUGGGAGGGUUAGGGACUUACUGGGUCAGAUUUUCUUAUGAACGUUUGCCUGAAUUUUGUUACUUAUGUGGCCGAAUUGGGCAUGUUCAGAGAGAUUGCGAGCAGGCUGUUGAGAGGGAUGUUUUAAAUGGGAGUCUACCUUAUGGACAAUGGCUGCGAGAUCUUGGCCAGACUAGCUCUUCAUCGGUCCCGUUUGGUCGUCAACAACCAUCAACGGCGGCUCACCGUGCUGCUGCGAGUUCUGGGAACGAGAGGACUGAAGCUCGAAAAGACACGGCCGUUACUCAGAGGAGAGUUAAUCCGGGGGAGCUGUUAGCUGCAAAAUCAGUGCAAAUUUUAAAUGAGAAGAUUAAUGCCAUUAAGGAGGUGGAAAUGACCGUUGAAGCUACAGUUAAUGGUGGGAGUGAAACUCGGACGAAGGUACAAGAUGAACUGGCUAGGGUUGCCGUAAAUGAUAUGGGCCAAGAUAGUCUUUCUGCAUUGGGCUCAGUUUGUCCUGAAUUGGGUCUAUCCUCUCACCAUAAUGAGCCAUCUAAUGAAAGGCCAGUUACGUCCAGCCCAUCAACAUCUGUCUGGAAAAGGAAAAUAGCUCGUGGAAAACAAAGGAAAGACGAUAGCUGCAGUUCUCAUAAGAAGCCGAGUAAGAGGGUUUCAACUACUAAGCUGAAGGAAGCUAAAGCAAAAAAAGGAAGGAGUAUUUCUGAAGACAUCCAGAUUUGCUAUCUUCAUGAGGUUCCAGUUUGUUCAUCGGCAGUGGCUGAUUUUCAGCCCUGCCGAAAACCAUGA